GGCCGCGCUAAGGCCGCCGCCCUCGAUGGCGUCCGGCGCCUCAACUGCUGGGGCAGCCACCUCACGGACAUAUCAAUAUGCCGGGAUCUGCCCAACAUCGAAGUUAUCACAUUCAGCGUGAACGGCAUCUCAGACCUCGAGCCACUGAAUCAGUGCCAGAACCUGAGUGAACUCUACCUGAGGAAGAACAACAUCGCGAGCCUAAAUGAGCUCUUCUACCUCAAAAACCUGCCCCGACUGAGGGUCCUGUGGCUGUCAGAAAACCCUUGCUGUGGGUCAGACCCCCACCGCUACAGAAUGACUGUGCUGCGUAACCUCCCGCACCUGCAGAAGCUUGAUAAUCAAGCUGUGACAGAGGAAGAACUGUCCCAGGCGCUCGUUGAUGGGGAAGAGAUAACGACCCCGCCAGCCCGGGAGAACGUGGAGAACGGCUGCCCCGAGUCCAGCGCUGCUGAAUCCACAACGGAGACUGAGAGCGGGCUGCUGAACUUCAGCUUGGAGGAGACAAACAAAAUCCGAGAGCAGCUCGGUAUGAAGCCUGUUCCCAGGGACAAAUUUUCAUCCUUUUCGCCACGAGAGACGGACUACAGCAGAAAGAAGAGAAACAACGUCCUGAAUGCCAUCUUGCUCCUCAUGAAGGAACUGGAUGCAGAGGGGCUGGAGAUUGUCCAGCAAACUGCGGGGAGGAGGCUCCAGGCCUUCCGGAAGAAGGAGCUGCAGGAGGAGUGAUAGCGCUCGGCACACCCCUCCCCAGAGCCCUCCUUGGGGAUACAGCCCUGGACCAGCAGCACCGUUUCGGCCCCCACAUUUCAGGCUACAGAGGAAACCUCGGCGUGUCCCGCUACGCUGCCCUGCGGGCAGGCAGCAGCCACAAGCAGGGGUGCAGUGAGAGGGGCCCAUGGCUGUGCUACCAGGUGGGGUGGCUCAGCCUGCUGCUUGUUCUCUGCUGAACUUCAGCUGGCCCUGACCUGGUACCAGCCUUUCUUUGCACAUAGCAGAGGUUGAAGGCAGCUCCUGCCACAGAGACCUGCUUUUAGGAAACSUGUCUGAGGGGACGCUGCCUCAGCUAAUGACCGAGAGUUGCCCCAAAGACAGCUCUAUGUCAUAUGCUUAGUUUACCUUAAACUCUCGACUCCUUUUGGUCCCUGCAAGUGUAUCCAGCAUCCGAGUUGGUGACAAGGUGGCCUGAAGUUGCUUGGAGCAACUUAGCUGAAGCGGAAGUUUCUCUGUCCCAUGUGCUGACAUGCCAUGCCCUGCAAGGUUCAGAGCAGCUGAAGGAAACUUAAGCUAGCAAUAAAAACCACAUGUGCAUUUUGCAGUUGAGAAGACAUGUUGAACAUUACGGGCCAGUUUGCACAGGUAUCAUGGGUGGGAUUUCUCUGCAGCGAAAGGAGCUGAAUUCCAAGAGCUGCACAGAGUUGUUAAAUAGUAAUUAAAGCAUUGUACCAUGCCAAAUAGMGUUUUCUCUCUAGGCUGUGUAAGCUGUGGCUGAUGUCAAGAACYGGGAUGAGAACCACUGACUGGCAGGAGAGGGUAGGAUUUGCCCCUUGCCACUUAGGUCUUGAAUUCUGCAUGAAAACCAAUUGCACUUAAAUAGUCGGUGUAAUUUCUGAACUGUUGGACUUCCCUGCGCUUUGAGCACAGCUAAGACCUCGUGGGGACUCCGGUUUUCUU